CGCCGUCUGCUGGCGGCACAGCACGCCAAGAGUAGGCGGAGCUUUCGACCUUAAAGCCUUGCCUUCGGGAGCGGAAAGGGAUUCGGGCGUAAACAAGCUUAAACCUUCGUCAUGGUUUCCUUCAUAUCCUUCACCGUGGCCGUGGCGGUAAUGGUCUUUUCGCGUGCGGUCACUGCGCAGCUGGAACCCUGUUGCGAGGUCAGUCCCAGCGGGAUCCCCGACGACUUAAAAACGGAUUGGUGCAGGCUAUCGGGAAACAGCUGCAUAGAGAUCUGUGGGUCGCAAGCGGUGAGAGCCGGAUGCGAUAGUGACACCCUAGACUACGAGUGUACAUGUAGCGAUGGUUACGCACCCUACAUGCCCGAAUACCGCGAUAGCAUACCGGGACAGAUGUGCUUGUUCUGGAAAGAAUUAUGUUUCAAUGCCAGCACAGGCAAUCAAGAGGCUACAGCGGCUUGUGAGGCAGAGCAGUGUCCUUCGAGGAUUGCGGAACGUGCAGAGAGAGUCUCAUCGAGCGCGACGGAUGAAUCGAUAAUUAGUUCCACAACGUCUUCCUCAGCGACAGGGAGCGCGUCAACCGAGGGAUUAUCCUCCGAACGCCUCUCCACAACAUCCACCACCCAGCCGAAACCGGUCGACUCCGAUCAAAACACAAGCUCACCCACACCCGAUAGGCGCACAUCCCCACCAAUGCCCCGCAACCUAUUUUCAACCAUGAAGGUAGCAAUCGGCAUCACAGUCGGAGGCGUGGUCAUUGUUCUCAUCGUUGUAGUAGUCUCAACGAUUUAUCGCAGGCGUCUGCGCAAGAGAAAACUUGCUGCCAAUUCCUCCACACCAGGGGAGGAUAUGCAAACUGUAGGUGAGGGUUUAGAGGUCGCAGACCCGAGGCACCCAUCGCUAUUUCAGAAGGCGGAGUUGCAUGCUGUGGAUAGACCGCACGAGCUUGAGGCCGGAGAGAGCGGGGUGUAUGAGUUGGAUGGCGGGCGGCAUGGAGAGGGAAUGCGCCCUGCGGAAACGGCUGAAGAUGAAGAUGAGAUCACAGUGCUUCCACGUGUGGAUCCCGCCGCCGCGAGACCUUCAGCCACCCGUCCGAAGUAAUUUGAGCCCGAGAGCCCAAUGUCGACUGGACCAUGGUCGGGUUCGUCUAUGCCUGCCUCAACGCAAAUUCUACCAACAGAACCAUGCAGCAGAGCGAAUCGCUAGGACUCGCCUCGCUACCAGAAGCGCAGCAC